AUAGUGCGCCUUCAGGGGGAUAUUGAAACAUGAUGGUUGUGGGUAUGGCUUCUACGAUGGAUGAUGCACUCGCAGACGAGAGGCUCUUGGAAUGGUUCUGUCGGGGUCGGCCGCCAUCCCCGGUCCCCUCAUACCGUGGAUGAGGCAAAUGCGCGUAUCACACAGGUUUAGGGAUCGUCGAGAUGGUGCAUUGGGAUGGAAGACAAGUGAUAUCAUGACCCGUCAUUGUUCUUGGAUCGGCUAUCGGUGGUAGCACUAACGCCCCCAUACGGCAUACACAUCAAUGCUAUCGCAAAGCAUAUGGAAAUGGAGCUUUUACUUGACGAUUGGGACCGCCUGGGGUCCACCUCCCGUGUUUGCUGAACAUGCAGCCCGUGGGGGAGCUGCUGGGGGAGAAAUCUUACCAGGCAGGCGGGUUGCCAGCUAUCAUAGUGGAGCUGCUUGAUGCGGGGAAGCUGAACAUAGAUGUCAUGACCUGGGAUCGCCGGAUGAUCUGGACGUAUGACAACCCCCUUUUCCCUGAUGCUGGGUUCCUACACCUACGAUGUACAGGGGAGUGAGUCUGUUCGAAUCUGCCAUCAUGAAGACCUGCGUCAUAUCGGAGCAAUUUAGGCAGCAGCUCUGAGAGACUCCCGCCGAUCCCAAUGCCCUUGAGGGCGCGGUGGGGGGUCUUUGAUGGACCGGAAGAUUAACCAUCACCGGUUAGAAGAUCACUCACUCCACGACAAUCGGUGAUAAUUGAUAAGGGUAUGUAUUUGGACGAUGCGUGGGCAGGCCCACUGGGGUGCUAUCCAGGUGCAGCCGAGGUGGUCAUCAUGCAACAUGCACCCACCCCCCGGGAAGGCUGCUGCGCGCGGGGACCAAGUCGCUCCCGUGCAUCGGCGACGGACGGCAGUCGGGAACGUCAGGUUCACUAGUUAUGUACUAGAUAAUAUGGCCAGUCCUGAAGCGGCAGCGGGUGGACAUCCUGGUCCCCGAUGACGAAUUAACGCGGCGCCGCGACGAGCUAGAUGCCCGC